UCUCAAGCGCCAUCAAAGUUCACCAUCUCAUCACAAUUUGCGAUGUGGCUUGGCCCAGUUACAGUGUCGCUCCUUGCGACGAUUAGCCAUGUCGUUGGCCAAGAUCAAAAACCGUUAACAGAUGAAGCCGUGAUUGAACCCGUUUUCACUGUCCGCGAACAAUCUUCUGACCUCUGCGAUGCGGGCGCUCGCCAAUUCACCGGGACGGUCAACGUGACGGAUGAUAAGUCCAUGUUCUUCUGGUACUUUGAGAGUCGCAAUAAUCCAGAGACUGAUCCUUUGUUACUAUGGAUGAGCGGCGGACCGGGCGCAUCUGGAGAAAUGGGAUUAUUCAUGGGCAGUGGUCCCUGUACCGUGAAUCCCGAUGGGAACUCAACAAAACGAGCUGAAUACUCGUGGAUCGAUCACGCCAACGUCGUUUACAUCGAUCAACCCGUCGGCGUCGGCUUCUCCAAAAUCACAGACCGAAACAAAAUCGCCGUUAGUCUCGAACAAGGCGCGAAAGACGUACAUACCUUCCUCUCCACAUUCUCCCACGACGUAUUCCCCAACCUCGCCGGAAAACCUUGGCACAUCACUGGUGAAUCUAUGGGCGGCCACUACGUCACAGGUUACACGAAACAUAUCGUCUCUCACGAACGCCAGAACGCGAAGCGCGGCAUCAAGCCUCGGGUCGAGAUCUCAUCUGCGAUUAUCGUGGAUGGGUAUAUUGACGCGACGCAGCAGUUCAUGGGAUAUUAUGACUUCUUUUGUGAGGAUUGGGCUGGUGAUGGAAGGAAAUAUCCGUUGAUGAAUCGGACGGCUUGUGAGAAUAUGCUUGCUGCGAUACCGGAGUGCCAUAAAAUGGGGAGUCAGUGUCGGUACUUUUAUGAUAUAGAGACUUGUCGCGCGGCAAAUGAGGUUUGUGAGAAGUCGUUGGGAGAGUACUUUAUGGAAGGCGUCGUGCCUGGUGGCUGGGAUCCUUAUGAUAACAGACACCCGUGUGAGAAGCCUCCUUUGUGCUCGAACAUGGACCACGGACCGGAAUGGAAGUUCCUGAAUCGUCGUUGGGUUCAACAAAGACUUGGAUUCGACCGCUUUCCAUUUUACCUUAUCGACUUUGAUACCAAUGAGCGCUGGGAUAUUGCGCAGAAUAUCCAUAUACCUGUUACGCGCGAGUUGACGUGGAUUCUUGACGAGACGGAUAUACGAGUUCUGUUCAUCAACGGCAACAACGACAUAAUCAUUAACACCCCCGGACAAAUGCGCAUGCUGAACCAACAGCGAUGGAAGGGGCAGGAUAACUAUCGGGAACUUGGCUACGAAACCUGGCACUACAAGGACGGCGAACUAACAUCUGAUGCUGAUGGUUGGAAUGUGAAGGAGGGAGGCUUCUGGAAGGGGAAUGAUCAGUUGAGUUUCUAUGCUGUUGAUGAAGCGGGACAUAUGUCUCCUUAUCACCAGCCUGAAGCUGUUGGCGCGAUAGUUCGAGCAUGGCUUCGCAAUGACUGAAUUCACCCUCGUUCGAAAAUCAUAUCAGAAACUCUCACAUAACAAUGUUAUUCCGCUUAUCUAGAGUACCGAUCUCGUCUAAAGUCUAGCCUGCUUCGUCACCAACUCUCUUCCCUCCCUAUCCGCACUCCUCGCAUCCUCAACAAUCAUAUGCGCCGCCUUUUCAGCGAUAGCGUAAACAGUAGCUUGGAUAUGCGCACUGAUCUGCAACGGCAUAACACUUGCGUCAACAACCCUCAAGCCAUGGACGCCAUAGACUCGAAGUCUUUCAUCAACGACUCCUCCUUCGAUGCCAGCACGACCGCCCAUGGCGCAUGUUCCGACAGGAUGCCAAUCCGUAAUGGUGUUUUGAGUAAUCCAUUCUCCAAGACGCUUAUCAUCUUUGAUAACGGCAGUGGAAGGGGAUGCUGAGGAGCGGAUUAUGUUUGAUAGAGGAGCUGUGUGUACGAUCUUAUCGACGAAUUGAAGACAUUGCUUCAUAGCCUCCAUAUCCAGGUUUCCAUGGAGACCCUCGUAGUAUUUCGGAUCGAUGGCGGGUGAAUCUUCAGCUGUAGCGUGGUCACUUGGCCGAAUGUGAAUAGAUCCAACGCUGAAAGGAUACUGUAAGAUCUGCAGCAUAGUGCCGUACUUCUUACCCUCUUCACCCUUGAAGUUAGGGUUCCAGUUCCCAAGAUCAAAUAUAUACUCUAUCUGACCAAGUUUAGAGUUUCCAUCCAAUCGUUCACGAAGAAUAUCUUGCUUGUCCGAGUCAAACACAGAUACCUUGUCUGCAUCUUCAUAAAGACUAGCAAGAGUAUUCUUUGGAACAAAAUGCGCAAAAGGGACGUAGCAAAGAGACACAGGCAGCACCGUCAAAGGGCCAUCUGCCUUGGCCGUAUACUCCUCUUUCGCAGCAGCACUAAGCUUCUCAUCUCUCAUAAGAUCAUCCCGAUUAGCGAGCGAUGGAUCAACCUCAAAGAUC